CAUGCUGAGCGCCGAAGAGCUCAGAAACUUCCAAGGUGGAGCUUUCACCAACCGCGGUCUCGAGCGGAUCCUCUGCUCGGCGGUCGUCAAGAGGUUCAAUGGGCGUCCGAUGAUGACGCUGCAGGACUUCGUCAUCUUCCACGCCGUCGAGUCCAACAAGGGCCUACCCAAGAGCGUCGAGUUCUGGUUCCACUGCUUGGACUUUGACGGGGACGGCUUCGUCACCGUUUACGACAUGCAAUACCUCUACGAGGACAAGCGGCGCAUCGUCGAGGUCCACUUCCCCUGCUGCGAGUUCGCCGAGGUAGCGCACGAGAUAUUCGAGCGCGUCAAGCCCCGCAAGCCGGAGUUCAUCGCACUCUCGGACCUGAAGCGCUGCGAGCCCAGCGUUGUCUGCAUGAUCGUCAACACGUUUAUGCUCGUACCCAUGACCGUCCGGUAGAUUUGAAAACAAUGAACGCAAGGAGUUGUAAACGUUGAUGGCGCCCAGCUGGCAACCA